AUGAAGUCCCUACUGUUCACUCUUGGAAGCUUCAUACUCCUGGCCCAAUUGGUUUCAGGUAGUUGGUAUGUGAGAAAAUGUGCAAACAGAACUGGAAAUUGCAGGUCGAUGUGCAGAGUGGGAGAAACGAUGAUACAGCCUCCUACUGGGAUGUGCCCCAAAGAAAAACUGUGCUGCAUCCUAUCUAGCCAAAUUGCCUGUGUGGUAACCUCAAAGACGACAACCACGACACAUACUUCAGAAAGUCGAAUGAGUACCUGGGAUCCUUGCUUCAUUAAAUCAAAGGGCUUUAUUCUGGUGUCACUCUUCUUGCUACACCCCAUUCUCCCAUGCCUCCUCGUAAAAAUGUCUGGAAGGGCAUCAUGUUUCCUUAGCACCAGCAGUGCCAGGGGAGGGAUGCAAAUAAGGUAG